AUGUUCGCCCAACACGUCCGAUUCACGACACCAAUGUCCGAUUUUUCUCUGCUUUUUUUGGAACUUUUCCAUGCCCAUUGGUCCCGCGAAAUUCAAAAUAUCGUUCAGACAGUUUGUGGAAAUUAAAGUCUGUUCAGAUUUUGAAUGUCAAGUCGUCGCUCAAGCUCCGCUCAUAAUGGUGCGAUGAACUAAUCAGAGAGCGAGCCAUCCACAGAGCCUUUUCGAAUGACGUCAUUCUACUUGACAUUCAAAAUCUGAACAGACUAUACUUCAAACAGAGCGUUAUCUUUUCUGUCAUAUUUCAUUUUUUUUUUUCGAUUUUUUUUCAAUGCUUAAAUGCAAAAACUUGUCGGUAUAAAAAUAUGACGGGAAAAAACGUCCGGACGUGUUGAAGCAUCCCCAGAAUUACUCAAAAACGUUUAGAGUGCUUUCAGUUAUCGUUACUGAGUUCUUAGACAGAGUUUUGCGAGGACCGUCUUGUCAGCCUAACGGUUCAAUCAUUGUCUGCGCCCAGGCUGAGCGAAGCAUCAAACAAAAACAAGCCCAAAAAGCUCAAGGUUUCUCUAAAUCGAACAUCCGCUUUUUUUCACGACAAAAAAAUGACUCUGGUUAUUUUUUUAUACUGAAAAGGUAAAAAAAUACAAAUUUGAAAAUAUGCGUUUUUUUGGUGAAAAUUUUUGAGUUUGGAUACCAUUUUUUUCAAAAUAAAGUUUCUAAUUUUUUUAAAGUCUGGCCUGGUUUCAAAAAUUCGCGAAAGUUGUCCAAGCCAAACGCACGAGUCCGGACCUCAGUACCGCAAAACGUAAGCGGCCCGGAGCCUAAGAAACGUCCGGGACGAUUUCGAUUUGCGUUACCGAGGUCAGAGCAAUUGAAGCCCAAAGCAAUGGAGCUUGCGCGGGCUCGGACCAAGCCAGGCUUCGAAAAAAGUUUUCAUCCUAACUCAAAAUUUUUUUCCCAAAAAAAUUACUUUUCACUUGUUUCAUCAAGUUAUGGAAUGUAUUGAGGCCUAUAGGUUGACAAUCUGGGCCUCGCACAAUCCUGCUUUAAACGGGUCACGAACAAUUUGUCUUUGAGCCAUUGUGAAUUUACUGUUAUUCACUUUCUCCUUUGCAAUUUAACACGGAAGAAAAAACCCUCAGCUGCUUUUAAGAGCAUUGGGCUGAUACCUGUUUUUCGUUUAGCCGGCCUCCCAGUUGAUCGAUUCCCGUCUCGAGUUUGAAACCGUCGUCGCCACGUUGAGUAAGGAAGGCGGAGUUUUCAUCAUCGCUGUUGACUGA